ACAUUCACAACACAAGCAGCACUUCUGUAACAGCAACCUCAACAAAUCAGCAAAUCUAACAAAAUGUUCAAGCUUUUCGUUGUCCUUUUUGCCGCUCUCUUCGCCUUCGCUGCCGCUGGCCCAUCACCUGUUGCUCGUCCAGCACCAUUACCAGUGGCUAGCCCACAUCCAGCGCCUGCUCCGGCACCACAAUUCUACUAUGGCGGCUAUGCUUCACCCUACUCCUACGCCUACUCCGGGUACCCCUACUACGGUUAAGUCUACAUAAAGUCGUCGUCCUUCGUUAGCUUCACUGAGUGUUGUGCGUGCGUGCGUUUGAAUGUAUGUAUGUAUAUGUACGUAAAUGCGUAAACUAUUAGUAUGCAUGCAUAGAGACGGCAGAGUAGUAGGUGAGCCCUGGGAUUAGCGAAAUUCAUACGGAAAUUAUAGAAAGGAUUAUUUACUGCGCUCAGUUGGCUGUUGCCUGUUCAGCUUCAUAUUUGCUAGUACUACUAUUUAGUUCGAAUAACGCUAUUACUAAUUCACUCAUAGCAUUCCACUCGGUGGCGCAAGGACUAAUUGCUCUGUUGUUAAUGGACCAAGGAUAAUGGAUUUCGGAUAAUGCACUUUAGCAAUUUUAAUUAGUUUUAAUCUUUAUUUAAGCUAUGCUGUUGUUGGCUUUUUAUUGUUUAUGUGUACUCACAUACUACAACAAAUAAACCUACUUACAUAUUAUGGAAUUGUUAAAAAAUAGUUAAAUAAAAUUUAGAUUGCA